UAACGCAUCAUAAGCCGUCUUGUCAGCCGCUACAAUAACCCUAAAAGAAAAGGUUUUGCGUCCUCUGUGUGGAGAUGUCAACGAUGGGCGCAAGACUAACACGCGUGAUUGCAAACUUUAAUGUAGAGAAUCGAGCACACCGAGAAAUCAGCAAAUUAAAACCCCGAGCAGCACCAAGACAUCAAACAUCAGUCAGUUUUCCCCAGCACAAUACUGCAGACAAAAUUAACCAGAGGGAUGAUCCACUGCUCUCCAUGUUGAAAGAUGUUUAUGUGGAGUCUGACAAUCCAGCAUCUCAGGUUACCAUGUUAAAAAAGACAGAGCAGGAGACGGAGCGCAGGCUGCUCAAGUUCAGUCUACCGGGUGACCCCUAUGGUAUCUGUAACAUAAGAGAUGUUCCAAAAGGCAAACUUUCACUUGUAGAAGCUUUAACUGUCCUAAACAAUCGCAAAUGCAUGCCUAAAACAUGGACUACUGAGAAGAUGGCAAAGGAAUAUGCUCUUGACCCCAGAGAUGUCAAAGCACUGACCGAUUUCUUCAUUCCCUUUGAUGUCAAAAUCAUCCCAGCAAAGUCAGUGGAGAAUAAACUAAUUAAUGAUUCUUAGCAGCAGCAAUUUGAGCUUUGUCCCAUACACACAUGAAUAAAUGGAUAAAUAAAUUUGUUUAAACAUA